AUGGCUGAACUUGUUAUCAAAAAACAGUGGUUGGUGUCUUCACGUACAGUAGACAUAACCACUUGCUAUACUUUUGAAAAAGAAAUAGGAAGCGGGGCGUAUGGGAAAGUUUUCCAGGCAAGGGAUAAUACUAGUGGUAUAUUAAGGGCUGUGAAAGUUGUGCAAAAAAACCGUGUCCGAGACUACGGAACUUUCUGCAACGAAAUAACCAUUUUAAAGGCCCUGGAUCAUCCGAAUAUAGUCAAUGUAAUUGAAACUUUCGAAACUGAUCGAUUGUGCUUUUUGGUUCUGGAACACUGCCAAGGUGGAGAACUGUUCCAGAGAAUUACUUCUCAAAGAACUCUUAGUGAGCCUCAAGCAGCGAUUUAAGCUAUUUAUUUUAAAGACAAAAAGAUUUCUAUAAUUUACCUUAUUGAUAUACUAAUUUAUGAAUUAUUUCUGGAUUUAAUUUGGAAAAUAAUAUAAGUUUCUAUGAGGGGAUUUAUCCAAUAUCAAAAAUAUGAACCCUCAAGCAGCUCAAAUAAUGAAAAACUUGUUUUCGGCAACUAUGUAUUGCCAUCAGAAUCACGUCUGCCACAGAGACAUAAAGCCUGAAAAUUGUCUGUUCGUCGACACUAGUUCAGACAGCGAAUUAAAGUUAAUCGAUUUUGGGCUUUCCAAAGUCCUUAAUGAAGCUGAACUUAUGCACGCAGUAGACGGAACUCCUUACUACAUGGCUCCAGAAAUUCUAACAGGGUCCUACACAAAGCAAGUAGAUUGCUGGUCACUUGGGGUGAUUUUAUACAUAAUGCUAGGAGGGACACCGCCAUUUAAUGGGAAAGACAAUAAUGAAAUUAUGAUGAGCGUGUUUAAUGGCUAUUGGUCAUUCAGACCAAAGCCUUUUGCGACUGUCUCAGAUCACGCUAAAGAUUUAAUUGCAAGAUUGCUUGUAAAAGACCCAGAUAUUAGAUGGAAUGCAAAACAAGCAUAUCAUCAUCCAUGAAUUCAAGGGCUAGCACCAACACCACAAUGUCCAUUAGUACCUGAAGUUUUUGAUGGGAUACAGUCGUUUUCUCAUGCUCAAAAAUUAAAAAGGGUCACUUUGAUGUUUAUUGCAUCAAAACUUUCUGAAAAAGAUAUAGAAAACCUAAAAAAGAUUUUUAAAUCAAUCAAUACAAGUGGAGAUGGGACUAUUACAAGGGUAGAACUGCAUCAAGGUAUGAGAAUGGGCGGGAUAAAUAUAGAUAGCGAUACACUAGAAACGACUUUUUCAGUUUUGGAUUCAAAUCGAAAUGGGAAAAUAGACUAUACAGAGUUCUUGGCAGCUUGCUUAUAUAACCAAACUUACUUGGAUCAAGGACUUCUUAAGACUGCUUUUCAGCAUUUUGACCAUGAUAGAAGUGGGUUUAUUACCAAUGAUGAGCUUAGAGAGGUGCUGACAGGAGGAGAUUUGUCUGUAUUAAUAAGUGAUGAUGAUAUUCAAGAAAUUAUGAGGGAAACUGAUAAAAAUGGGGAUGGAAGAAUCGAUUAUAUGGAAUUCUUAGCCAUGAUGAACCGAGUCUAA